GCACUUGUGUCGGUGUAAACCAUCGAAAUGUUUGUGCAAACUUGUACAAAUGGGGUAUAUUUUUUGGCCAAGUGUAGCAUGGUAGUUUGAUUAAACCUUAGGAGCAACGCUCUAUAAAUUCCGUCUAGAGCUUCGAAAUCCUCUCCGCACAAUGGACAGAAAUCGCGACGCUGCGUUUACAUUCAACUCUGUUAAGCUCCCUCUGCGACCAUGUCCUCCACGGUCCAGCACCCCUAACCAUCUACUCUCAAACAUCAACCUUGCUCUCUGCAAACUUCCCAAGUUCCCAUAUCCAUUUGCCCCAAACAUCAAUCCCCAAAGCGCACUCAAUAAAUUUCUGAAACUCACAUUUCAAAAACCCCUCAAGAGCUUCAAUUCCAACCCAAAAUCUCCGCUUCUCUGCUGCUCGUCGCUGUCCUUGACAUCGGAAACUGACGCCGUCUCGGUGGUGAAUCAGAAGGUGCCGCCAAAGAAUGCCGGGGAGGAGAGGGUUCUGGUAAGUGAGGUGUUGGUGAGGAACAAGGACGGUAAGGAGCUUGAGAGGAAGGAUUUGGAGGCUGAAGCUCUCAAUGCGCUCAAGGUUUGCCGACCAAACUCCGCCCUCACUGCCAGGGAGGUCGAGGAGGAUGUGCAUAGGGUAUUUGGCAGUGGCUAUUUCUGCUCUUGCAUGCCCGUAGCUGUUGAUACAAGAGACGGGAUUCGGUUGAUUUUUCAGGUAGAACCAAACCAGGAGUUUCGAGGCUUGGUUUGUGAAGGAGCCAAUGUUCUUCCAACAAAGUUCGUAGAAAAUGCCUUUCGCGAUGGAUAUGGGAAAAUUGUGAACAUUAGACAUGUAGAUGAAGUGAUUAACUCAAUUAAUGGCUGGUACAUGGAUCGGGGCCUCAUUGGCAUGGUGUCUGGUAUUGAUCUUCUUUCAGGAGGUAUAUAAUUCAAUGUUCAAAGUCUUCGACUCUAGUUAUUGUGUUCG